GCAAAGGUCGCGAGGGUAGCCGGGCUCCCGAGCGCUCGGGCCGGCCCAAGGUGACACCCCGGCGGGCUCCCUGGCACGGCCGUGACCGUUUCCUCCCCCGCCCACUGGCCCGGCUGCACGCGCGCGCGCAGGAGGGCCCCCCCCACCAUAAAAAGCGCUGCGCCGCCGGGACGCUCUCGGAGCUGCCCACCGACCCCGCGGCACUCGCAUCAUGCACGUUAACGGCAGAGUGGCGCUGGUCACCGGCGCUGCGCAGGGCAUUGGCCGCGCCGUCUCGGAAGCGCUGCUGCACAAGGGGGCCAAGGUCGCGCUGAUCGACUGGAAUCUAGAAGCAGGUGAAACGUGCAAAGCUGCCCUGGACGAGCAGUUUGAACCUCAGAAGACGCUCUUCAUCCAGUGCGAUGUGGCGGACAAGGAGCAACUGAGAGGUACAUUUAGAAAAGUCGUAGACCAUUUUGGAAAAUUGGAUAUUUUGGUCAAUAAUGCUGGAGUGAAUAAUGAGAAAAACUGGGAAAAGACUCUGCAGAUUAAUUUGGGGUCUGUUAUCAGUGGAACCUAUCUCGGCUGGGAUUACAUGAGUAAACAAAAUGGAGGUGAAGGUGGCGUCAUUAUUAAUAUGUCCUCUAUAGCAGGGCUCAUGCCUGUUGCUCAGCAGCCUGUUUACUGUGCCUCGAAGCAUGGUGUCGUUGGAUUCACACGCUCCGCUGCGCUGGCUGCUAAUCUGAUGAGCAGUGGCGUGAGAGUAAAUGCUAUUUGCCCAGGUUUUGUGAACACUCCCAUUCUCCAGUCCAUUGAAAAAGAAGAGAACAUGGGACAAUACAUAGAAUAUGCAGGUCAUAUUAAAGACAUGAUGAAAUUCUAUGGAAUUUUGGACCCAUCCAUGAUAGCCAAUGGAUUAAUAGCACUCAUUGAAAAUGAUGAUUUAAAUGGCGCUAUUAUGAAGAUCACAACUUCUAAAGGAAUUCACUUCCAAGACUAUGAAACAACUCCUUUCCAAUCAAAAACUCAGUGAAACCUCUUUCAUAUCAUCCAUAAGGAAGUGAGCACCAAUGACUUACAUUCAGGUCAUAUCUUCAUUUGAAUAAAGCUUUCUAAGUUAAAUGCUUUUGUUUGAAGCAUUCCUUCAUGCAUUUGAUGUUAAUUUUUCCCUAAGUGGUUAGUUAAGUACAUGGAUGAGAAAAUAAUAUGCUCUCAAAGAUAAAGGCCAAAGCUUGGUUUUGAUCUUUAGAGCCUAAAUAAACAAAACAAGGGAUAUUCAAAGAAUAUUCUGCCUCUCAGAAAAUGUAUUUAAAUUUAUGUUUCAUAAAUAUUAAUAUUUUUGGAACAUUCUUUUAAAGGAGAUACUUGAAUUGUUAUUUAAAUAAAACCAGAUGUAAAAAAAACUUAUUUAAUUUCUCUGUUGGCACUUUAAAAGGAGACUGAAACCGACAAUGGCAGAUGUUUUUAGAACAGUGGCUAUUGCUCAUCUGCCAUCCUUUAGCUGAACAUACAAGCUCUAUAAACAUGUGGCAUAUUUGGGGACCAGUAAUUGAAAACUAAUUUUAAUAUAAAUAUAUCCCAGGUGAAAAAAAAAUCUAUGAAAUGUAUGAAUAAAAUAAAAAAAAAAAUAGCAGGCUGAGACUGUUGAUCCAUGGUUCAUCCUCCCAUGUAGGAAAAUAAUUCUUUAGUCUUUGCUUACUUUAAAGAAUAUCAGUUGAUUUUUAAAAGAAUCUCAGGAAUGAAACCUUUCACAAAAAGAAGUUUGUCUUCCUCAAACAUUAUAUUUAAGAUAGGCCCAUUCAGAAAAAAUACAAAUAAGAUGUUUUUCAAAUUUAUUUUCUUGCACUCGAUAAUGGGGCUGGAGCGCACGCAGCCAACAUGGCCGACCAGAGUUCGAUUCCUCCGCCCUUCUCGGAGAGCCCGGCAAGCUACCGAGAGUAUUCGAUAUGCCAGACACAGUAACAACAAAGUCUCCAAUGGAGACGUUACUGGGCCCGCUCGAGCAAAUCGACGAUCAACGGGAGGGCCUUUACUUUACUUUACUAGAUAAUGGAGCAAUAGCACAGCGGUUAGGGCAUUUGCCUUGCACGCAGCCCACGUGGCCCAUGCAGCCGACUUGAGUUCAAUUCCUCUGCCCCUCUCAGAGAGCCCCAUAAGCUAUCAGGAGUAUUUCACCCGCUCGGCAAAGCCUGGCAAGCUACCCAUGAUGUAUUUGAUAUGCCAAACACAGUAAUAAGUCUCACGAUGGAGACGUUACUGGUGCCUGCUUGAGCAAAUCAAUGAACAAAGGGAGGACAGUGCUACAGUGCUGCAUUGCACCAGACAAAGAAGUGCCUACCUUUCAAUACAACCUCCCCGCCCCCAAGUGUCUUAGUUUUAUAUAAUAGCUAUGAGAUUACUUUUUUAGAGCUUCAACUAUAAACAUUUUUGUAUGCUCAAAACUUCCACUAUCAAAGGAGAAAAUAGCUGUCAUGUUUUGAUAUUUUUUCCCCUGUAAGUUAUAAAAAAUAGCUGCUUUGGAUAACACGAUUUGCAAGCAGUAACUAAUGCAAAUAAUAGUAAAAGCAUAAGAUUUCCAAAUCAAUUUUUUACUCAUAGAAAUAUUGUAUAAGUAAUUCACUCUGCCUGCUAAGUCUAUGGAGAGUACCCAGCUGGAAGCAAAAUCCAUUCAUGUGUGAUUGACAAGGAUUUCUUACGAGUACCAGUGUGUUGUCAUUGUCCUGUUCUAAUUAUACCAUAGAAUUAUUUCUGUCAGCUUAGGAGGAAUUUGAAUAUGGAUAACUGCUGGUUUUAUAUACUGUGUUUGAGAAACAUCAUGAAAUGAACAGAAUAUAAUCUGGCACAAACUUGUUUGUAUAUUGGGGCAGUAAGCAAGUAGGAAAUGAUACAUGCAUGGAGAGAAUCACUUACUUUACAUUAUUUCCCACUGUAAUUUCAAAGCCAUAGCUACAACUUUUUUAUUUACAGAUAAUUUUCAUACUGUCAGCCUGCAGAAUCCUUUGUGUGUCAGAUAUUUUUAAUCAAAUUUAUAAACUAUAUGAAUGUUAAAAAUCAAAUACUGAGUAGAACUGAAAAAUACAUCAUAUAUUUUAAGACUUGUUAUACAUUAAAAUAUAUCUUUUAUAAAUAAUCUUUAAUACAGCUAUAAAGUUAUGUGAUACUUUUAUGUACUGGAUGAAAGAAAAUAAAUCUUCAGUUGGGACGAUGGGCAGUUUAAGGAAGCCUUACUUUCCUAAAUUGUAUUUUUUCAAUGAAAUUCUAAUGUAAAUAAUAUGUAUUUUCUUUCAAAUGUAUUUUUCUUAAUAAAGAUCUUCAGAACCAGAAAAGUUGAAAAUAUAUGAACACUGAAAUAAAAAUAUAAAUAGAUGAUAAUAUGCCAUUGAAAUGUUCACUUAAUUUUCCAGUAUAAAAAAUAUUUUGACUUAUUGGUUUAAUUUAAGAUGUGCUGUAAUGUCAUUAUUUCUGUCUAUUUGUGUCAAUGUUCAUAAUUUAGAAGCUGAGAUCUAAACUAUGAAAUUUUAAUAAAAUGCAAGAU